GGGCAAGCAUUACAAAACACUGAACCCACAUAACAACCGCGGCUGAAGGCGACUUUUGGCGAAGAUUCAAGACCAGAGCGGAAUAUUUCAGAAACCUCACAUUUGUUAUACCAAUGUACUAAGGGUUAAAGGAAGAAGGAGAAAUCACAUUAAUUAUACCAGCUAACAGAGUGAGUACUAACUGCGUAUAUAUUUUUUUUCUCUACACCGUAGACUGGAAGAUUUAGUUUUAUAUGCCGGCGACAAAACAUCCGUUUUUGUGGCAUUGCCUGAGUGGUAACCUCGAAGUGGAGUUAUUUUCAUCUUGAAGUAUGAUUAACUUCACGUGUUAUAAUGCAACACAACUCAGCCCAUACUGCUGCAAACCAUUUCAAAGCGACACGAACGCAAUCAAAGGGGUUAAAAUUCUAUUUUAUUGUAUCCUUUUGUUGAUGUCAAUUAUUGGAAACUCGAUGCUCGUUGCCAUAAUCAAGAUGAAUAAACGAAUGCAGACCAUUACGAGUUAUCUUAUUGCCAAUGUGGCUGUCUCAGACAUUGUUAUAACAGUACUGGUAGUUCCACGACAGAUAACAGAAAUAUUGCUCGGCCCUCGAUCAUGGUUGGUGAAGGGAUUGUUGGGCUCCAUUCUUUGUAAAAGCGUUUCCUUUUUACAAGACAUCACAACUGCUGUCUCAGUUAUCAGUCUCGUGGUCAUUACCAUUGACAGGUACAGAGGAAUCGUGUUUCCCUUCCAGAAACAAUUUAUGAGUCCCGCUAAACUCUGUAAAAUCGUUAUACCAUUUAUAUGGAUUGUAGCGAUGUCUUUUCACGCAGUGUACUUCAAUAUUUUUCGUAUUGUAACAAACAAAGGAGGAACAAUCUGCGCGCCAUACUGGAGUCCAAAGUCUCAGCAAACGAAUUUUAUUAUAAUAUUUGUGUGUUUGGUAGCUUUUCCAGCGUGCGUGAUUACAUUUCUGUAUUUGCGUAUUAUUCACAAUCUUAAAAAGAACGGAAAUAUUCAGUGCAGAGGACCUUUGGGUUUGAAAAGACUAAAAGAAGACACAAAGGUCGUGAGGAAUAUCAUUGUAGUACUUAUUGUUUUCAUGGCAUGUAUGAUUCCAAUCAAUACAUAUGGAGUUAUGUUUUACUUCGUGUGGGAGUGGAAAAUGCCCUGCGGGAUGGAAAACUUUGGUUUUGCAGCCCACUAUAUUCUGUAUGCAAAUGCUUCUUUGAAUCCGUGGAUAUACCUUUCUUUGAACGAUAAAUAUCGCAAGUGUUUCGUGAACAUUUUAAAGAAACUUCACAUCGUCGAGAAAAGGGCGGAGACUACGAGAAGAUCAUCACAAGCAACCGCAUUAGAAAAGUUAAAUGUGCGAUCAUCCGCCCACAUCACAAGUAAUUAGCUUUCUUCUGGGUUCUUAUAGGCUACUCUUGCUAAUUUUAUGCAGGAUCUCUACCGGUGGUCAACCAAACAAAUGUCAAAAUGCUUUCAAUGAAUAAGUAGACUUUUAUGUUCGGAGCAUAAUGCAUAAAAUGUAUAUUGAGUCAUCUGUCAUAUCUGCCAUCUCUAAGCAUUAGUGCUUAACUAUAGAUGCGUCCACGUAUACUAUUAUUACCCUUUUUACACGUUACCAUUUGCUCUUCGAUAGCUGACUGGAGUUUAUGUAUUCAACUAACUUAGAACCAUGAAACAGAAAAAAGAGUGCAUCUUUAAAUCAUUA